UCGCCUAUCGCCCGGCGGAAAGUUGCGCUGUGCUGCCCGCACUCGCCUCGCCCCCGACGCCGCCGCCGGAGCCCCCGUAGGGCCCGAGACCCCGCGCCCUCAGCGCUCCAGCCCGGCUCAGGCGUGGACAGGGCGGGCGCCGGGGCGGGGCGCGCGUCCUCGCCAGUUUGAAUGGAAGGAUCCAGAUCUGCGGAGACGGCGGCCAGCAGAUACUGAGGCCAGCGCUCCUCCCCAGCCCCCGCGCCCGAGACAUGCGGCGGGAGAGGUGCGGCGCCCCCCGCCCGCGUCCCCGCCAUGGAGGUGCUGCGGCGCUCCUCGGUCUUCGCCGCCGAGAUCAUGGACGCCUUUGACCGCUCGCCCACCGACAAGGAGCUGGUGGCCCAGGCCAAGGCGCUCGGCCGGGAGUUCGUGCACGCGCGGCUGCUGCGCGCCGGCCUCGCCUGGAGCGCGCCGGAGCGCGCCGCGCCCGCCCCCGGCGGCCGCCUGGCCGAAGUGUGCACGGUGCUGCUGCGCCUGGCGGACGAGCUGGAGCUGAUCCGGCCCCGCGUCUACCGCAACGUGGCCCGCCAGCUGAACAUCCCCCUGCAGUCCGAGACCGUGGUGACCGACGCCUUCCUGGCUGUGGCGGCCCAGAUCGUUUCUGCAGAGCAAAAUAUUUCACCACGGAAAGAUCAGAAAACACAUGAGAUAAAGAACUCUCAGAAAUCAGUACUAAAAAGACCACCUCACUUUAAAAAGAGCAAAGGGUCUGAAUGGACAUCUCUUCAAGGAAGAUGUAUGAACAGCCAGUACGUGCAUGAGAAGUUGCUCAGUAUCAUCAGUCACCAGGGAAACACCCAUCAAACCACAAGAAGAUGCCACCUCGCGCCCACUGGGGCACUCAAGGCAAAACUUCAGAGAACUCAGCACGGGUGGUGCUGGGUGCCCUCCAGCUGUCUUUUGCAUCACAGUUACCAGGCUGCAGAGUUACAUGGAUCUUCACAUUGCCACUUGGAAUUUUGUCUGAUAGACUAUAAUUUACAUCGCGUUCUAAUGUACACUUCUUUGUUUAUCGGUGAGGGAAUCACCUGGGGCAAGGUUGUGUCCCUGUACUCAGUGGCUGCGGGGCUGGCCGUGGACUGCGUGCGACAGGCCCAGCCCGCCCUGGUCCACGCCCUCGUUGACUGCCUCGGGGAGUUCGUGCGCAAGACCCUGGCGACCUGGCUGCGGAGACGCGGUGGAUGGACGGAUGUGCUCAAGUGCGUGGUCAGCACCGACCCCGGCCUCCGCUCCCACUGGCUCGUGGCUGCGCUCUGCAGCUGUGGCCGCUUCCUGAAGGCUGCGUUCUUCAUGCUGCUGCCGGAGAGAUGAGCUGCUGGCUUGGGCAGGGGCCGCAGCCUGGCCCCCUUACAUGGGAGGCCCUCGGCCCCCGAAAGCAUCACCCUCCGCCCCACCCAAGCCAGGAAGACCCUCGGAGCCCCGCGUCGAAGCUGGAAGCCCUGCCCUGAGCCCCUCCUCCACAGACCCAGGCCCUCUGGACAGGGAAGAGGGGGGCUUCCUGGCCCUGGAGCUGGGCUUCAGGGCCGACAGGGGCCCUUCCCCAUCGUUCCCCCUCCCCCGGAACCCCCGCUGGUCCCCUUCUUUCUAGAGCCAGAAAGUCAGGGUCACGUCCCAGGCCCUGAAGGAAGGGAGCCGGGCCCCAUCUGUGUGCGGUUCCCACGUCAGGACCUGAGCUGGCCUCGGUCCUCCUGGGCAGGGGGCCUGGACUCUGGGCCUGAAGGUGACUCUCGAGGCCGGAGGAGCUGUGGAGUGUUACUGACUCCGCCCGUGGGGCCUAAGGCUCGUGUGGUCGUUGCUGCACCUGUUUCUAGAGGGAGGGCGUGUCCCCCGCGCACCGGGGUGGGUCUCUGUGUGGCCGGGUCCUGUGGACGCGGGGGCCCACGACCGAGAAGGAUGGUGUGUUUGUCCAAUCCCAAUAAAGUUCCGCAGCCGUGGAGGGUGA